AUGGCAACCGACCUCCUUGUGCGAGGCGGACUGCGCAUAGCAGUAGAAGGAUGUGGACAUGGCACACUCCACUCGAUCUACGCUUCGGUCGCAAAAGCUUGUGAGGCUAAGGCCUGGCCCAGCGUCGAUCUCCUCAUAAUUGGCGGCGACUUCCAGGCAGUCCGCAAUGCCUACGACCUAAACUGCAUGUCGGUUCCCAAGAAGUACCGUGAGAUUGGCGAUUUCCACGAAUACUACUCCGGCCAACGCAAGGCACCAUACCUCACAAUUUUCAUUGCCGGCAAUCAUGAGGCGAGCAACCACCUGUCCGAGCUGUUCUACGGUGGCUGGGCCGCUCCGAACAUAUACUACAUGGGCGCUGCGAAUGUCGUCCGCCUGGGACCAUUGAGGAUCGCUGGACUGUCGGGAAUAUGGAAGGGCUAUAACUACAAGAAGCCGCACCAUGAGCGUCUCCCUUACUCGUUCAACGACACCAAAAGCGCCUACCACGUUCGUGAAUUUGACACCCGGAAGCUGUUGCAGGUCAGGACGCAGGUUGACAUUGGCUUGAGCCACGACUGGCCCAGAGGCGUCGAGUGGAUGGGCAACCAUAAAUGGCUAUUCAAAAAGAAGAACGGGUUCGAGGAAGAUGCAAAGACCGGGCAGUUGGGUAGCGUUGCCGCCAAGUAUGCGCUGGAUCGAUUGCGGCCUUCCCACUGGUUCAGCGCGCAUCUUCACGUCAAGUAUCCCGCCAUCAUCGAACACAAGAGCGAUGCCGCCAACGAUGUGCCCACCAUAAAGCCCAACGAGCCGGAAGUCGAAGCUGGGCCGCAAAAGAACGAGGACGAGAUUGAUCUGGACAUGGAUGAUGAUGCGGAAUCCAAGCCACUCGAUAACAAUGCGCCUGCACAAGCGAAUGCAGACGAAACUGGCCCAGCAGCCAAUACUGCUGCCGAAGUAUCGGAGGAUCUGAGAGCACAACUUCCUGCGUCCUUCGCCGCUCGUCCCGAACCUUCCAAGCCGGCCACGCUUCCCUUUCCCGAAGAGAUCAAGAACAAGACCACAAAGUUCCUGGCGCUGGACAAGUGCCUUCCCAACCGUGAUUUCCUCCAGGUCCUCGAAAUCGAACCAAUCAGCACCCAGUCUUCGGACGCUACUUAUCAGCGCCCACUCCACCUGGAAUACGACAAAGAGUGGCUCGCGAUUACCCGCGUCUUCGCACAAGACCUGGUGGUUGGUGAUCCCAACGUCCCCGUCCCUCCGGACCAGGGCGAGGCGCACUACAGGCCUUUGAUUGAGCAGGAAGAGGCGUGGGUUGAGGAGAACAUCGUCAAGCCUGGCAAGAUGACCAUUCCCGAGGAAUUCGCCAUCACCGCGCCUGUAUACGACGCUGCCUUCGGUCCCCACGUCGAGGGUCAGCCUAUGGAGUAUACGAACCCGCAUACUAAGGCUUUCUGCGAGAUGCUGCAAAUUCCGAUUCCAUUUGACGCGACAGCUGAGGAAAGAGCUGAGCGAAUGGCUCGGGGCCCGAGAGAAGACGAGGAUGGAGGCGAUCGUGGCGGCUUUCGAGGCGGAAGAGGUCGUGGCAGAGGCGGUCGCGGCGGUGGAAGGGGACGUGGAGGUGGCGGCAGAGGCGGUGGCCGCGGUCGCGGCGGUGGCCAGUGGCGUGGCAGAGAGUAA